AUGGACGUGGACCAUGUAAUGGACCUUGCAGUGGCAGGUUCUGCAACUCGGCCGGCUGUGCGGCCAUGCAUUGUCACCACGUUGUCACCGCGUGGUUUUGCCAGCCAGCAGUCACUGUGCCGCCUGUGCGGACCACGUAGGGAGGAGAACGGGCUGAACAAUUUUUCUGCCACGACGUGUGGUUGCAUUGAAAUCAAACUGUUCCGCAGGAGCCCAUCCAGCUUGAUGACAUCCUCAGUGGGGUUGUUAGAAAGAAUGGCGCAGAUUGUCCUCUUUCCUGUCAAUAACUUUUGGUUCAUCUCAGAGGCUCGGAAUAGCCGGAGGGAUGGCCGGGAGUCCUCAAUCGCUUCUGUACGAGGAAUGAGCAAGUCGGCGAAGGCUCCUGAGCCUGACCAAGAGAUGACGAGGGGGCUGGGGGGUGUGACAGAGGUUAAAGAGCCCACCAGUGGCAUUGAGAGAGUGGAUGGGGAUUUGCUUGCUUUUGUCUUUGUGUUCCCAUUAGCCACACCAGUGAAUUUUGAACUGCUGGAUUUUUCGCAGCGCAUCAUUCCCACCUUCCCGGAUUUUAACAGUGGGAAGAUGCUGAUGGACAAAAACGAAUCUUGGCUCUCUAAUUUCUCCUCUGCUGCCUCCUCCUUCGUGAAAGGAGGUGGCAACUGGGCAGGGAUCGGCCUCCAGGAGGUGGUCAUUGGGCUGAUACUAACCCUCAUUGACUUGAUCACGCUCCUGGGAAAUACAGUAGUCUUCAUCUGCCCGGUGGUGGAAAAAAGGCUGCGCACCGUCACCUAUAUGUUUAUCAUGUCCUUAGCCAUGGCAGAUUUCCUUGUAGCUUGUCUGGUCAUGCCCUUUAGUAUCAUUUACGAGGUGACGGGGAUGUGGCUGUUCGGGAAGCUGUUCUGCAAAGUCUGGAUCUCCUUUGACGUCAUGUUCUGCACUGCGUCCAUCGUCACCUUGUGCUUCAUUAGCCUGGACAGAUACUGCUCCGUGGUGACCCCAUACCACUAUUCAAGAAGGAUGUCCCGUGGCAGAUGCAUCGUGAUGACCUGCACGGUCUGGGUAUACUCCUCCCUCAUUUCCUUCCUUCCCGUCAUGCAAGGCUGGAACGAGAUCCCCGGGGUGGACUUUGAUGCAGGCAGAGAAUGCAUCUUUGUCACCAACUGGAUUUUUGCCAUCGUGGCUUCUGCUCUGGCUUUUUUCGUUCCCUUCAUGGUGAUGUGCAGCAUGUAUUUCUUCAUCUACCGAGCUUCACGGCUCAAGGCCACUCGUAUCAUGUCUCAGACCCUGGAGAUUCACUACCACCCCAACAGCAAGCGGCAGAACCAUCUGCAGCUGGAGAACAAGGCCACGCGGACCAUUAGCAUUAUCAUUUCAGUCUUUGUGCUGUGCUGGCUGCCGUACUUUGUCCUGAAUGUCUGGCUCGCUGCCAGAGGCACCGACUCCACCAGCACGGUCUUGGUUGACACCUUCAAGUUCAUCACUUGGUUAGGGUAUUGCAACUCCACCAUCAACCCAAUGCUCUACGCUUUCCUGAACCGGGACUUCCAACGGGCCCUGAAGAAGCUGCUCAUUUGCAGACACAGGUCUCAGGUGGACAUUGGAGAAGACAUGGUUUCCAUAGCCACGUUUUCCAAGACGGCUCCAGACCUAGAAUAUAGCAUUACGGUGCCAGUGCCCAAUGGUGCCCUGAAAGGCAAACCCAAGUAA